ACGAUACGUGCUUUCACGUCAGAGUCUACAAAAGUCUCCAGUAACACUAGAAAAAGUCGCUAGAUUUGUCGCUAGUCGCUUUUUUGAAAACGAGUCGCUAGAGGGGUCUAAAAACUUGCUAAAUAUAGCGACAAAGUCGCUAAGUUGGCAACACUGCGCUUAACUAAGCGAGACAGUUAACCUGGUCCGGAGCAGACUUGUUCACUCACCUAAGUUACCAGGGUAACUCAGCGGGGAUUAAUUUAAGACACGUUGAUGGAACGGAAUUUCCACUUAAAUGAAUCAGACUUGUCAAAAUAAGUCAGACUUUCCCUUAAUUCUGCUUCGUGGAAUACCCCCCAGUAGCUGUUAAUAAUCACGAACUCCCUCACUAACCAGCAUCCUCUCACCCCGCACAAAGCUUACCGCAUUUCAGUUUGCUUCCUUCCUCUUUUGCUUACGACAAGGAGUAAGCGAUAAACGGCUGGCAUUUCAGGAUUCGAUGCAAAUGGAAAAAGAGUGAACUGCACUCGAGAAAAAAUGGAUUACCAUGCUGUGGCCUAAGGAUUUUAAACGUUUCAUAAUUGGUGUGAUUGCCAUCCUUAUGCUUCUUAUCUGUAAUCUCAGCUAUUCGUGUAACCAGGCUGAGUAUGACAUAGGUGGGGAGUGCUGUCCUGUGUGUCCUCAAGGGGAUAGAGUUUACAAACACUGUACAGCGCAGUCCAGCACUUCCUGUGUUCCAUGUGUUGGUUUGACUUACACAGAUGAGCCAAAUGGUUUGACUAAAUGUAAACCAUGUACUGUCUGUGACCAGGGCCUUGGAUUGAAAACAGUGAGGGCCUGUACACCUUCUUCAGAUACAGUGUGUGGGGUCCUGGAAGGGCACUAUUGUAUUAAUCCUUAUAAGGGAGGGUGCAGAGCAGCCAAUAAACACACAGCCUGCAAACCUGGACAGUUCAUCAAACAGCCUGGAGCAGAAUAUAUUGAUACCGUCUGUGAGGACUGCAGUGAUAACUCAUACUCUGAUGGCUCUUUCACAUCCUGUAAACCACACAUAGAGUAA